AUGUCUCAAGACCCAGAACAGGCCAAGAAAUUGGAGGCACUCUUGAAGAUGCUCGCCAUUUCCAAAGGUGACACAUCAAAGCUCACCCAGCCACAACGCAAGCAAUUCGAGGAAUAUAAAUUUUGGAAAACGCAACCGGUUUCCCGUUUUGACGAAAAAGUGGCCGACGAGGGACCUUUCAACAGCUCUCAGAGACCUGAAGAUAUUCCAGACGAGCCAUUGCCUCUUCUAGACGAAUUCCAAUGGUGUACUGUUGAUCUAACCGACCCGGAACAACUGGACGACGUAUUCAUCCUUUUGAAUGAAAACUACGUUGAGGAUCAAGACGCCACUUUCCGGUUCAACUAUUCUCGAGAGUUCUUCAACUGGUCGCUCAAGGGCCCCGGCUGGAGAAAAGACUGGCAUGUGGGUGUGCGUACCAAGCAGAGUGGCCGUUUGGUGGCUUUCAUUAGUGCUGUGCCAGCAACACUUCGAGUCAGAAAUAAACUGAUCAAGAGCGUUGAAAUCAACUUCUUAUGUAUACACAAGAAAUUGAGAGCCAAGAGAUUAACCCCAAUUCUUAUCAAAGAAGUCACCAGACGUGUCAACAAACAAGACAUUUGGCAAGCCCUUUACACCGCAGGAGUUGUGCUUCCAUCACCUGCUGCCACAUGUCGUUAUGCCCAUCGCCCUCUAAACUGGUCAAAGCUCUACGAGGUUGGUUUCACAGGCUUGCCAGCGAACGCAUCAAAGACUCAAAUGAUAGCCAAAUACACGCUACCUAAGGAAACCGACACCGCAGGGUUGAGGCCGAUGGAAGAGAAAGACGUCGAUAAGGUCUUUGAACUCCUCAACAGGUACCAAGCGAGAUUCGAUCUAAUACAGGUGUUCACUAAAGAAGAGUUCAAGCACGUCUUUUUGAGCUCCAAGAACGUGGUGUACUCGUAUGUCGUCGAGGACAAGGGCUCCAUCACCGACUUUGUGUCUUUCUACUCUUUGCCUUUCACUGUUUUGAACAACCCUCACUACAAGGAGCUGGGAAUCGGUUAUCUUUUCUACUACGCUUCUGACGCUGAUUUUGACUACCCUGACAGAUUCGACCCAGAGGGCUCGUCGAAGCUACGCAAGCGACUCAACAGGUUGAUUACGGACGUCUGUAUCAAGGCCCGAGACCUAAAGAUGGAUGUUUUCAAUGCAAUGAGCUGUCAAGAUAACUCUUUGUUUCUCGACGAUCUGAAAUUUGGACCUGGUGACGGUUUCCUGAACUUCUACCUGUUCAAUUAUAAAGUGCGUCCGAUUGCAGGUGGUUUGAGAAAGGACAAUACCUUCGAUACGGAAAAACGCAGCAGCGUCGGUGUUGUAAUGCUCUGA